AUGACAGAUAUCUACGCGGCUGGUGCUCUUGCAGCGUUAACUAUCGAUGCCCUCGUUUAUCCCCUAGAUACCAUCAAGACUCGAUACCAGAGCCAAGACUACAUAAGGCACGAUGCUUCAAAGCCUCUGAAGCCAUUGGCCCUCCGAGGCCUCUACCAGGGCAUCGGCAGCGUCGUCCUCGCAACCGUGCCAGCAGCUGGACUCUUCUUCUCGACAUAUGAGAACACCAAGACCCUCUUCUCCCAAGCCGUGCCCUCCGCCCCGACGCCGCUCAUCCACGCCGCCGCCUCAGCCACCGCCGAGAUGGCCUCGUGCCUCGUCAUCGCGCCGGCCGAAGUCAUCAAACAGAACGCCCAGAUGCUCAACGCGUCAAACAAGCCCUCCUCCUCGACCUCCUCCUCGACGUCAAUACAGGCAUUCCGCAUGCUCGGCACGGGGAGAGGGUCCGCGCGGAGGCUGUUCAUGGGCUACACGGCCCUCGUGGCGCGGAACCUGCCCUUCACGGCGCUCCAGUUCCCCAUGUUCGAGCACCUGCGCGCCAGGCUGUGGGCGUCACGGGGUGGAGACGAGCCAUCGAGGAGGGAGCAGCAGCUGCUGGAGACGGGGGUGAUCAGUGGAGCGAGUGCGGGGAGCGCAGGGGCGGUGGCCGCGUAUAUCACGACGCCGAGCGACGUGGUCAAGACGAGGAUGAUGCUCUCCGCGGGCGAGAGACGGGGGGACGACAGUCUACAAGGGAAGAAGAAGGCUAAGCUGGGCGCGUGGGCGGUGACACGGCUCGUCUACAGGGAGAGGGGGAUCCGUGGCUUCUUUCGCGGAGGGCUGUUCCGGGCGGGAUGGACUGCGCUGGGGAGCGGACUCUAUCUGGGGACGUACGACGUGGCCAAGCUGUGGUUGAACCGGAGGAGGGCCAACAAGAGUGAUAGUGCAGGGUUGUGA